AUGAGUCUGCUGAUGUUUACACAACUACUGUUCUAUGGAUUUUUAUAUAUUCGGGUUGAUGGAUCUCGUCUUCGCCAGGAAGACUUUCCCCCACGGAUUGUGGAGCACCCAUCAGAUGUCAUAGUCUCUAAGGGAGAGCCCACCACUUUGAACUGCAAGGCAGAAGGCCGGCCAACACCCACCAUCGAGUGGUACAAGGAUGGGGAGCGCGUGGAGACUGACAAAGAUGAUCCGCGCUCCCAUAGGAUGCUUCUGCCCAGUGGAUCCUUGUUCUUCUUGCGCAUUGUGCAUGGGCGCCGAAGUAAACCUGAUGAGGGAAGCUACGUCUGUGUGGCAAGGAACUACCUUGGCGAAGCAGUGAGCCGAAAUGCAUCGCUGGAAGUGGCAUUGUUGCGAGAUGACUUCCGGCAAAACCCCACCGACGUUGUGGUGGCGGCAGGAGAGCCUGCCAUUCUGGAGUGCCAGCCUCCUCGGGGCCACCCUGAACCCACCAUCUACUGGAAGAAAGACAAAGUCCGAAUAGAUGAUAAAGAAGAAAGAAUAAGUAUCCGUGGUGGAAAAUUGAUGAUCUCCAAUACCAGAAAAAGUGAUGCAGGGAUGUAUACUUGUGUUGGUACCAAUAUGGUGGGAGAAAGAGACAGCGAUCCAGCAGAGCUCACUGUCUUUGAACGACCAACAUUUCUCAGGAGGCCGAUUAACCAGGUGGUCCUGGAGGAAGAAGCUGUAGAAUUUCGAUGUCAGGUCCAAGGAGAUCCUCAUCCCACUGUAAGGUGGAAGAAGGAUGAUGCAGACUUGCCAAGAGGAAGAUAUGACAUCAGAGAUGAUUACACAUUGAGAAUUAAAAAAGCCAUGAGUUCAGAUGAAGGCACCUACAUGUGUGUUGCUGAGAAUCGGGUUGGAAAAGUAGAAGCCACUGCUACUCUCACUGUCAGAGCUCCACCACAGUUUGUGGUUAGGCCAAGAGAUCAGAUUGUUGCUCAAGGUCGAACGGUGACAUUUCCCUGUGAAACAAAAGGGAACCCGCAGCCGGCUGUGUUUUGGCAGAAAGAGGGCAGCCAGAACCUGCUUUUCCCAAACCAACCCCAGCAGCCCAACAGUAGGUGCUCCGUGUCACCAACUGGAGAUCUCACAAUCACCAACAUUCAGAGAUCAGAUGCAGGUUACUACAUCUGCCAGGCCCUGACGGUGGCAGGGAGCAUCCUCGCAAAAGCUCAACUGGAGGUCACUGAUGUUUUGACAGAUAGACCUCCACCUAUAAUUCUACAAGGUCCAGCAAACCAAACGCUAGCGGUAGAUGGUACAGCAUUACUGAAAUGUAAGGCAACUGGUGAUCCUCCUCCUGUAAUUAGCUGGUUAAAGGAAGGAUUUACUUUUCUGGGUAGAGAUCCAAGAGCAACAAUACAAGAGCAAGGAACACUGCAAAUUAAGAAUUUACGGAUUUCUGAUACUGGCACAUACACUUGUGUGGCCACAAGCUCAAGUGGGGAGACCUCUUGGAGUGCUGUACUGGAUGUGACCGAAUCUGGAGCAACAAUCAGUAAAAAUUAUGACUUGAAGGACUUGCCAGGACCACCAUCCAAACCACAGGUCACUGAUGUGUCUAAGAGCAGCGUCACAUUGUCCUGGCAACCAGGUACCCCUGGUGCCCUUCCAGCAAGCUCUUAUAUCAUUGAGGCGUUCAGCCAAUCGGUGAGCAAUAGCUGGCAGACGGUGGCAAACCAUGUGAAGAGCACCCUCUACACUGUCAGAGGACUGAGGCCUAACACAAUCUACUUAUUCAUGGUCAGAGCUAUCAACCCGCAAGGUCUUAGUGACCCCAGCCCAAUGUCCGAUCCUGUGCGCACACAAGAUAUCAGCCCACCAGCACAAGGAGUGGACCAUAGACAAGUACAGAAAGAACUGGGAGAUGUCAGUGUCCGUCUUCAUACCCCAGUUGUAUUGACCCCCACUACGGUUCAAGUCACAUGGACAGUGGAUCGCCAGCCCCAGUUUAUUCAAGGCUACCGGAUCAUGUAUCGUCAGACUUCUGGCCUGCAGGCUACAUUGGCGUGGCAGAAUUUAGAUGCCAAAGUCCCAACUGAAAGAAAUGCUGUGUUAGUCAAUCUGAAAAAGGGAGUGACUUAUGAAAUUAAAGUUCGACCAUAUUUUAAUGAGUUCCAAGGAAUGGAUAGUGAAUCUAAAAUUGUUCGUACUACUGAAGAAGCUCCAAGUGCACCUCCACAGUCAGUCACUGUGCUGACAGUUGGAAGCCAUAAUAGCACAAGCAUCAGUGUUUCCUGGGAUCCUCCUCCUCCAGAUCAUCAGAACGGAAUCAUCCAAGAAUACAAGAUCUGGUGUUUGGGAAAUGAAACUCGAUUUCAUAUCAACAAAACUGUGGAUGCAGCCAUUCGGUCUGUUAUAAUUGGUGGAUUAUUCCCAGGUAUUCAGUAUCGAGUAGAAGUUGCAGCUAGCACCAGUGCAGGGGUUGGGGUAAAGAGUGAGCCCCAGCCAAUAAUAAUUGGAGGACGCAAUGAGGUUGUCAUUACUGAAAACAAUAACAGCAUAACUGAACAGAUCACUGAUGUUGUGAAGCAACCAGCUUUUAUAGCUGGCAUUGGUGGUGCCUGCUGGGUAAUUUUGAUGGGUUUUAGCAUCUGGUUGUACUGGAGAAGAAAGAAAAGAAAGGGACUCAGUAAUUACGCUGUUACAUUUCAAAGAGGAGAUGGCGGACUAAUGAGCAAUGGAAGCCGCCCAGGACUUCUAAACGCAGGUGAUCCCAGUUAUCCGUGGCUUGCUGAUUCCUGGCCAGCCACAAGCUUACCUGUAAACAAUAGCAACAGUGGCCCUAAUGAGAUUGGGAAUUUUGGACGCGGAGAUGUGCUGCCACCAGUUCCAGGCCAAGGGGAUAAAACAGCAACGAUGCUCUCAGAUGGAGCCAUUUACAGCAGCAUUGACUUCACGACCAAAACUACUUACAACAGUUCCAGCCAAAUCACACAGGCUACCCCAUAUGCCACGACACAGAUCUUGCAUUCCAAUAGCAUUCAUGAGUUGGCUGUCGAUCUGCCUGAUCCACAGUGGAAAAGCUCAAUUCAGCAAAAGACAGAUCUGAUGGGAUUUGGCUAUUCUCUACCUGAUCAAAACAAAGGUAACAAUGGUGGGAAAGGUGGAAAAAAGAAGAAAAAUAAAAACUCUUCUAAACCACAGAAAAACAAUGGAUCAACCUGGGCGAAUGUCCCGCUACCUCCUCCCCCAGUUCAGCCCCUUCCUGGCACGGAACUAGAACACUAUGCAGUGGAACAGCAAGAAAAUGGCUAUGACAGUGAUAGCUGGUGCCCACCUUUACCAGUACAAACAUACCUGCACCAGGGUAUGGAAGAUGAACUGGAAGAAGACGAUGAUCGAGUCCCAACACCACCUGUCCGAGGCGUGGCUUCGUCACCUGCUAUAUCCUUUGGGCAACAGUCCACUGCAACUCUUACUCCAUCCCCACGAGAAGAGAUGCAACCCAUGCUGCAGGCUCAUCUGGAUGAGUUGACAAGGGCCUAUCAGUUUGACAUAGCAAAGCAAACAUGGCACAUUCCAAGCAAUAAUCAGCCUCCACAGCCCCCGGUUCCACCAUUAGGGUAUGUGUCCGGAGCCUUGAUUUCUGAUUUGGAAACAGAUGUUCCAGAUGAUGAUGCUGAUGAUGAAGAGGAAGCUCUAGAAAUCCCCAGGCCCCUGCGAGCAUUAGAACAGACGCCAGGAUCCAGCAUGGACAAUCUCGACAGCUCUGUGACAGGCAAAGCCUUUACCUCCUCUCAAAGACCUCGACCAACCAGCCCAUUUUCUACUGAUAGUAACACCAGUGCCGCUCUGAGUCAAAGUCAGAGGCCUAGGCCCACAAAAAAACACAAGGGAGGACGAAUGGACCAACAGCCAGCAUUGCCUCAUCGAAGGGAAGGAGCACCAGAUGAGGAGACCUUGGUGCCCUACAGCAAGCCCAGUUUCCCAUCACCUGGCGGCCACAGCUCAUCAGGAACAGCUUCCUCAAAAGGAUCCACAGGACCCAGGAAAGCUGAGGUAUUGAGGGGAGGCCACCAGCGCAAUGCCAGCGACCUUCUUGACAUAGGAUAUAUGGGCUCAAAUAGUCAAAAUGAAUUAUAGUAACUGAGAGGAGACAUGCAAAGCUGCUCUGAAGGACCAUCAGGUCUGAACUCAUGGAAGUGAUGACACUAAACAGUGCAAUGAACAAUUUAUUUAUGUACUAUUAAAAGAACUGUAAAUGCAAUGUAAAGACACACAGCCACACAUAUCCCACAGAUAUUUUACUUGUGUUCCUCUCUUAAGUACACCACCCACCUUAACUCUUUCUUGUCAGGAGUAUAUAAAAAAGAAAGAAAGCAAAACUCUCCCUCAUGAAGAAAAAGAUUUUUCCUCUGUAUAUAAUUUCUUUUGUGCAUUGCUAUGCAAGCUCACUCUUUUUAGCUCUGUUCAUAUUAUUGUCUGUUCUUAUUGGUCUGUUGUACUAUAUGUGAAUUAAUAGGCUGUGGUGCCAUAUAUUAACUUUUAAUUGUGUAACUUUUAUGUUUAAAUUUUGCACUGCAAUUUUAUUUGGUGAUAAGCACAAAUCUCUACUCCUCGUGACAUGAAGAAUAAGACUGAAUGUGAAGGGAGUUUCUGUACUGUAAGCUAGGUUCGGUGAUGCUGGAUGUAACCAAUCUCGUUAGAUGGUUUUCAUUUGGGGGUGUAGAAAUAGAAAGAUGCAAAGGAACAGUGGUGCUGGUGAAAGUCUUCUUUGAACAUCAGGGACUGAGUCAAUAAUAAACCAGAAAGGUGGCUUUUACAGUUGAAAAAAAAGCAGGGGUCAGAAGAAGGAGGAAAAUGUCUUAAGACUAAAUAUGCAUUUAAAUAUACAGGUAGCAAAGAUGUACUAAACUUGAUUAAAAAUGAAACGGGAAAGAAGACACCAACUUAACCUGUCAUUGUAGUUAAUCCAUUUGAGAAUGAAAAUAAACAGAGGGAAUUAAGGUGUUUCACAAAAGCUGUAUUUAUAUUACAGGUUUUUUUUUUUAAAAAAAGAAUCUUCUGAACAACCGUAAUUAAUCUCUCUAACUCAUUAAGUCAGAAUAUAAAAUGAAUUUCCCCAAGGAAACAAACAAAAUGAACUCUAGACUGUCUAGCAUAUAGUUAAAGAGGCAAUUUAUUAUUAGGGCAUACUCAGGCUGCUUCCAAAUAUAAACACUAUUGCAAAAUCAUGUUUCAUCUUCCUAAUACAUGUACAGUCCACACUAGGGGAUGGAGCUGCAUCACUUAAAACCUUGACUUUCUAAAAACAACGCAGUCUAUAUACAUUUUUGUGUUUUGAUUAAAAAUGCAAAGCUUAUGCCCCCAAACAUACAGCCAAAUUGAAAGUGCUUUAAAAAGCAGUGCUCGAGUAUGUUCAGUUUUCACUAAGUAGUUUAUUGGAAUAAAUAUUUUAUGGUACAUUUUCAGAAAUUGGCCGCGAACUAAAAUAUCUUUGACUCAUUUUGAAUGAGUAAAUUGAAAAGAAAAAUUCAAAAGGAAAAAAAUGCAUGUUUAUACACUUUUUAAAUAAAACCAAACCUUGUAAGUGGACAUUA